AUGGAUCUCUAUCAUCAGAUAAAGGCGAAGGUAGAAGAAAAUUUAAAUGUAAAAAGCAGGGCGGUCGAAACCGAAGAGCCUGAAACUAAAAAGGACCCCGAGGGUGAAUUAGAAACGUAUUGUUUACUUUUUCCUACUUAUGCCACUAAAACUUCUGAAGGCGUAUCGACUGAUCAAUGGAAUAUUCGUAUUCGCGGUUGGGCAUUUUCUGCUCCCAAAAAAAGUAGAACGCGCAAUUUAUUCUUGGGAUUAACAUCAUUGGCAACAGGAAUUAAGAAAGAUGAUGAGAGAUACCAGUUCUUAGAAACGCGCACAUCAUAUUUCUGGGCAAGCAACAUUAGUCAAGGGGAAUUUUCAUUGCAAGUUGAAGGGUUGACUGACUCCAACAAAAUGUCCAUUGAAGGGGAUCCUAAUGAUGAGGGAGCAUUCACGUCUACAACGGCUCCCAGUGGGGAAGGCUCUACGACCACGACAGCAAGUGUAAAUGUACCUGAUGUUAAAAAAGUAUUGGGUCACGCAGAGAAAAUAAUUAACACAGUAUCUCACCCAGAAAGUGAAAUUACUCGCAUGAAAGUUGUUCCAAAAUUAGGACACGUAAGUGGUAGUUUGGCAAUUCCAAAACAAACUGUUAUCAAAUGGAUUGAAGAAGAAAAUAGUGAAAAUAUUGUCACUGGAUUUAUUCAUAAUUUCAUUGGAGGUAAAGAUAAGAAUAGAGUUAGAUUAUUGAAAAUUAAAGCUUAUCAAGAUAAUGAUGCCGAACCUAGUUUUGGUGUUGUAAAUCUCGUUGAACCUGAAGAUACAAAUAUUCUUCAUGGUGCAAAAAUUGUCUUUACCAACACAUUUUUACAACCUUUCAAAGAUGUUCAAGGAAUGUCUGAUCUCUAUCGUAAAUUUUCCUUCUUCCAAACUUAUAAUUUCCCUCCUGGGUCAGCACAUUUUAAAUUUUAUGAUGGAUUAAUUAAAAGCGCUUAUGAACAAAAGGAAAACCCUAUGGCUAGUAAAUUUAUGUAUAUUAGAGAAUUACUUAAGGAUUUCCCUAAUCGUAAAUUUAUUCUUAUUGGGGAUACUGGUGAACUUGAUCCAGAAUUAUACACAACUAUCGCAAGAGAAAAUCCUGGAAGGAUUCUUCGUAUAUAUGUUCGAGAUGUCACAACGGAAUAUGUAAAAGAUUUGCCGGCACAAAAACCAAGACAUUCAUAUACCCAAACCUUCCCAACCAUUUAUAAUUAUCUUCGUAAUUAUUAUUCUAGUAUUGACGAAGAAACUGCAGCAGCUACUGCAGGAGAAACACUUCCCCAUAAGCCUGAACGAAAAUCAAGUUUAACCAAUCGAUUAUUAGAUAAACUUCAUGUAGACAUUUCAUAUUUACACGGUACUUCGACUCCAAUGACUGAUUCACCUGAUCCUAUGAAUGAUACUUCAAAUAAACCAAAAACUCCUUUAAGCGCCAGAAUAUUAACACCUGAACGAGCCGCUUCUCUUUCUUCUAAAUUUUCAAAAUUACGUUCAACAUCUUCGGGCAAGAGUGAUAAAGAAGAUGACAAUAAUUUAUUGGAUGAAGAAGAAGAUGAUGGAAUAUUGAAAACUCCUUUAGAAAUGUUCCAAGAAAGAUGUGUCUUAUUGAAACAAGGUUUACCUGAUGAUUUGUUCCAUACCUUUACUGACGCUAAAGAAUUAGAAAAUGACCCCGUUAUUAAAGAGGCAAUUAACUAUUAA